AUGGAGAGGCAAAACCCAAAGCAGAAACAGAAACUGAAGCAGAGGCAAAAUCCAGAGCAGAAGCAGAAGUGGAGACGGAGGCAAACGCGUCAGCAGAAUCAACAGCAGAAACAGCAGCAGCAGCAGCGGCAGAAGCGUCCGCAGAAGCGCCGCCCUCCGGCCACAUUCCGCCGUUGUCCGCGGACGUAUGUCGCUGUCAGCCUCUCCCUUGGCCUGGGUGUUGCCUCGGAGUACCAGCGCUUCCGCGAGAUCCCGGAGAGCGUGGAGGUGGCCGAAGGGGAAAACGUGUUCCUUCGCUGCGCAGUCGAGAACCAGCAGGGCAAGGCGCAGUGGACCAAGGAUGGAUUUGCGCUCGAUGAGAUACAAGGAAAUUCUCACGAGUAG